GCGAAGCAGGCAAGAAGAAACAAGGAACACAUUUUAGAAGAGCAGGAAAAGGGAGGAUCGCAGACAGGAGACUCUCUGGAUUGUCUGUCUGUUGGGCACCUGGGACACUGUCAUUGUGCUUCUCAUUAUAUUUUUUUCUCUCUUUUCCUCUGAACCAGUGGACCGGUGGAGAUUCCUUUUUUUCUUGGUGCCAUAUCAAUUAGCUGGGAUUGUUUCUGUGUAAUCUGCUCUUCUCUGGCUGAACUGUUACACACUGAGAUUGCUCCUGCCUGAUACGGACUCUUCCCAAAGUGUAUCUGUUAGCACGCCGCGGAUAUAUCCUGUGUCCGACAGUACAACACAGAGCAGCUGGGAUAUCAGACUACAGAGGAGAGAGAGAAAGAGAGAGAGAGAGAGCUGUGAGAGAGAGCAACCGAUUGAGCGACAGAGAGUGUGAGAGAGGUUGAAGCCGAGGAGCGAGGUAAGCUAUAGCAAGACAGCUUAAAUAGAAAAGUGAUCUAUCUAUCCUCCCCCUUUUCCUUGUCUUUCCUUUUCUCCUCUCCCACACUGUCCUGUGCCAGCAAUUUGUUCGCAGGACUGCCUAAAGCCACUGCCACCUGCUCCUCCUCAUCCUUCUCCUCUUCCUCCUCUACCUCUCUUCUCACGCGUUACUAUCCAACACCAGCCAGUGAGGGACAGACAGGACACGCAGCAGCUUCCGUUUGUAACACUCCAGGAGAUUUAACUAAAAGGCGUCGUCAGGCAGGAGCUACCCCCACAGAGGCAACCCCUCUCCCAGCCACUCUCCGUAGGACGAACCCUGCCUGCUCCGGAGGACCAGCAGUGAUACAAGACACCAGUGUGGACGGGGGAAAAAAAGGGACCUACAGUCAGAGAGCCAAGCCCCAGUACUACUAACGCUCGUCCUCCGCCUCCGCGCAACCAUUCCCUGCCACGGCGCUAAGGAUUCCAGCUACAUGGGCAAGCGAUUGGAACAGCAACCAAUGUACCCUCAGUACACAUACUACUACCCCCACUACCUCCAGACCAAGCCCUAUGCUCCACCCCUCCACCCCAUGGCUCCGCCCAGCCCCAGCCACAACAGCUGCAGUCACGGCGGAUCUGAGCUGCUGAGUAAAACUAACCUGUACAUUCGAGGCCUGCCCCCGGGGACCACGGACCAGGAUCUCAUCAAGCUCUGCCAACCAUAUGGAAAAAUUGUGUCAACCAAGGCGAUCCUGGACAAGAACACCAACCAGUGCAAAGGAUAUGGCUUCGUGGACUUUGAUAGCCCAGCUGCAGCACAAAAGGCGGUGUCGUCUCUCAAAGCCACCGGGGUGCAGGCUCAAAUGGCUAAGCAACAGGAACAGGACCCCACCAACUUGUACAUCUCCAACCUGCCGGUGUCCAUGGAUGAGCAGGAGCUGGAGAACAUGCUGAAGCCGUUCGGUCACGUCAUCUCCACGCGCAUCCUGAGGGACGCCAACGGGGUCAGCAGAGGGGUCGGCUUCGCCAGGAUGGAGUCGACGGAGAAAUGUGAAGUGGUGAUACAGCAUUUCAAUGGGAAAUACCUGAAAACCCCACCAGGCAUUCCAGCCCCCAAUGAGCCUUUACUGUGCAAAUUCGCUGAUGGAGGGCAGAAGAAACGCCAGAGCCAGAGCAAGUACCCACAGAACGGGCGGCCAUGGCACAGGGAAGGCGAGACUGGUAUGCAGUUAACAUAUGAUCCUGCUGCUAUGCAGAACGGGUUCUACUCCUCGCCUUACAGUAUCGCCACCAACCGCAUGAUCGCACAGACAUCCAUUACGCCCUUCAUCGCUGCUUCCCCCGUCUCCACAUAUCAGGUCCAGAGUACGUCAUGGAUGCCUCAUCAACAAUACGUUAUGCAACCUACAGGUGCAGUGAUCACCCCAGCCAUGGACCACACCAUGUCCAUGCAGCCUGCCAACAUGAUGGGCCCGCUCUCCCAGCAGAUGAACCAUCUGUCCCUGGGCACUACAGGAAGUUACAUGACUGCUGCGGCUGCCGGGGCGUCUAUGCAAGGGACCUACAUUCCUCAGUACACGCCUGUGCCUCAGACAGCCGUCCCCGUUGAAGGAGUGGUCACGGAUGCCUCUCCUCAGUCAGUGGCCCCCUCGUCGCAUGACGUGAGUGGGCAGCAGCAUCAGAUCCAGGUGGACGGGUCCAGCGACCAUGUUGCUUACUCAUACCAGUCCAAAUAGCGACAGACGAGGAGAAUAUUCCUGUGACAGUGUUGCCUUGAGAAAGGGGGGUUGGCUGCACUGAGAAUGUGGAGAGAAGAGAGAUUGCUUCCAGAUUGCCCAGGCACCAAAAAAUAGACACUUUUUCAUUUCCUACCUGGCCUAAGAGAGUUACAGAGAGAGAAGAGAGAGAGAGAGAGAGAGAAAGAGAUGAGAGAGGGUGGGUUGGAGGGGGUGAAGUCGCUGGGCACAGUGCAAAGAGUUGAAAAUGUUUAGUCUGGCAACCUGCCUGGUGGGCUGGGCUUCAGCUUGACUUACUCAACUGAAAAAAAAUAAAAAAAAAAUAGGGAAAUGUUCAAUGCGCAGGUAGGUAGGUGAUGAGUUUUAUUUUGUAAUUAGAAAAGGGGAAGUCAAAGUUUGAGAUACACAGAGAUUGUCUUCCUUAGAUAUUAAGCUAUGAUUUCUUUUCACUUUUUUUUCUCUUGUUAAAUUUGAGUUUUCUAGAUAUAUUCGAAAUAAGUGUUUUUCUUUAUUGAAUCUUCAUGGCCUUAAUUUUAAGGGCGUCGGAUGACUUUUUACAGAGAGUAAAGUCUGGCGUCUCGUUGAAAAUAAAAAGCGAUCUAAAUCAGUCUCUUGGACCACUUUGAUGGUACAUGAUACUGCAGGGGUUGAGCUAGAGACAUUAAAACAAAGUCUAUCACAUAAGCUGUACAGAUUUAAUAGACAAGAGUUCCUUUUUCUUUUCUUCGUUAGAAGAAAACUUUGAUAAAUAAUUAUGUCAGAGGUUACUAAAUCUAAGAGAAAAAAGUAAAUGUCUGCUAAGGAAAAGAGUGGGAAAAGAUAAAAGCUUUGAGGAGAUUUUUCACAAUGAGGAGGGAAAAAAGACACUGCAUUGUAGAAAAUGCAGUCGGUUGCAAAUGCUGAACUUGUUUUUAUUAUCAUAAUUAUUAUUUUACAUGGCAAGAUUGCUGUUGAUGACAUUAGUGCUUUUAUCUGCUACAUUUGACCUUUUUUUAUGAGCUUGAUGGUGUUUUUAGCCCGCUUUGCUUGUCACACUAUAAAAAAGAAAGAACAAAGAAAAGAAAGAAAAAAACAUCUAAAACAAACAUAAAACGGUAGGAAAAAAAAUGUGCGCAGUGAUAAACUUCGUAGAUUGAGUAGGAGCUUACGGUUUAAACCAAUCAAUGCAAAAGCAAUAGAAGAAAUUGUUGACAAUUUCUGUAGUCUUUCCUAGUUGUGGAUCAAAUGCAGCCCAAGGAUGGCCAUUUUUAUACCAAAGAUGAAGAGACACUCUGAUCCAGAGUUUUGUUGUUUUUCAGUUAGAUUUUGUUGUUGAUGCUGUUGAUGUUAUUGUUGAUAUUGUUGUUGUUGCUGUUGUCAUUGUUGUUUUUAAUUUGACCUUGAUGGCCGGACCAGUCCGUACUUUUCCUUUCAUUACAAUUACACGUUUUGGCUUAAGCUACCUUC